AUGUUGCGCUUGAUCCUUGUCCUUGCAGUUGUUGCCGCCGUCUCAUGCAACAAAGAUCUUUUCAAAGAGUACCAGCAAAAGUGUCUCAACCAACCCUUGUAUACAACCGGCAAGCUAGCAGGCAAGUGUCCCGAAGGUACAAACUACAGCCUGAAAGAAAACAAGCCAUCGGUCAGAUUCUUCUUUAACCAGGACUCGAAAGGAUGCCAGGCCUUCGUGCACCUACCUUGUGCUGAACAGCCUUCUGUCAACUUCUUCAAGACUGCUGAGUACUGCCUGCUCGCUUGCACCGAAUACGACGCUUCGAACAGAUUGCAUUUGAUCCGCGUUAACUUGCGGUCCAUUUUAUGUCCGCUUCCAGUAAAACGCGAGGAACAGCAAACCAUUUCUUCUAGAAACCCGUCAUCGAAUAUUAAAUUAGGAUUCACAAGCAAGUAA